AUGGAUAAGAUAUUGCGUCUUGUCUCUCAACGUUCGAAAAUACCGAAUGGUAUUGAAGAAGUUGAGAAGUCGGUCUCAUCAUUUCAACCGCUUACUUUAUCUAAACAAACAAGUAAUAGCUCUGUCGAUUCACCGAAUCCAACUCGAGAUCCACAUGUCAUGCAAGAGUUGAUCAAUAAUGUUGAAGAUGUUUAUUAUUCAAUGACAUUUGACUCUGGAAAAUAUGAAAUUGAAAAUAUUGCUGGACCAAAUUGUCGUGAAUUAUCCAAAUUAAAAUUACGUCUUUUAGCGUUGGAUCGUCAAAAUAAAGCUGUAUCUAGACGUGUUUCUGAAUUGGUUCUAGAAAAGCAUCCACAAUAUGAAGCGGAAUUGAAAGGUGUUUUAUCAUUACAAUCAGAUAACUGGGAAACAUUGUGCAUGUGUCGAGAAAUUAGAAACUCAUUAAAACAAGCUGACAAAACAUUGGUCUUAUCACGAUUAAUUGUUUUACGUAAUCACCGUAGACAAUUAAGGCUGAAACAAGCACUAAACAUUUUAUUUCGAUUGCGUAAUCUACAAAAUAAUGUUUACCGGCUUGAUACACUCAUUAAACAAGGUGACUUUUAUGAUGCUAUUCAACUACAUCGUGAAAGUCUUGUCCUUUUAGAAGAUUUCCGUUCAUACCGGUGUAUUGAAUCCAUACAUAGCAAGUUGAAAGCAUCAGAAUUACGUAUUGAUGAGAAAUUAGAUUCAGAAUUACAAAGAAGCUGUGAACAUUUUGACGAGAAAUCAUACUCAACUGUUCAGCGUGCAUUUGAAUUACUAGGAAGUACUCAGACGACAUUUGCUCAAUUACAAAUGCAUUAUGUAGCAGCUAUACAACGUAAAUCAUUCUAUCUCGUUCAAUUUCAUGUGCAUUCAGCAUCUCAGCCAGAUACAUCUGGGAAUAAGAUAAUUACUGAUCAUUCUUAUCCAGAAUUAUGUCAACAACUUCCACAUUGGACUUUACUACGGUGUUUGAGAUCGAUUUGUCAAAAUAUGUGGGAAAUUCUAUUAUGUUAUCAUCGUACAAUUCAAUGGCAUAAAAAUCGAGCGUCUGGCAAAAGUUCAUCUGAAACAUAUCCGUCUGCAUCUAUUGACAAUAUCAAUCGUGAUGAUAUUGUUGUCACUACUGAAAUUGAUCAAGACAGUAGUACAGUGACAAAAUCAUCCGUCAUCAUAAAUAAUGAUCAUGGUUGUGAUCCACAAUUGGCCAGACAGUGGCAUGAUUAUGUUACGUGUAAAUUAGAUUCUGGUCGGUCACGUAUAUGGUCAGAAAUCAUUUCACGUAUUGAACCAAUUUUAAAUGUUGUUAGUCACCUUGCCAGAGAUAUGACAUUUGAUCAGAUUGCUUCAUUAUUAUCUACUAUUAAUCAUUUUGUACAUAUAGGUGAAGAAUUUUGUGAAUGUUCACCGAAUGAACUACUGGAAGCUUUACGAAUUUCAAUUCAAAAAUAUUUUAAAGACUUCCAUCGAAAGCAUAUGGACCGACUUAAAAUGUUUUUAGAAAACGAAACGUGGAAAAUAUGUCCUGUCAAGCAUUCAUUCACUGUAAUGGAUCUUCAGGAAUUCAGAGCAGUAAAAGAUUUAUUUGAAAGUAAUACAGCUAACAACAAUAUUACUAGUAAUAGCAACGGCACUAAUGUUAAUAAAAGCAUUACAGUUAAUGGGUUGAGCAAAGUCUCAGAUAGCAAUAAUAACAAUAAUUCAACGAUAACCGUUUCAAAACUACAAAAUAAAAAGUUAUUCGCCUCCCCUUAUACCUUUGUGCAAUUCCCUGAGGAUCCCGAGAAUAGUAAUAAUAAUGAUAACAUUAAUGACAAUGGUGUUAGUAGUGACAAUAAUCUUGGUCAAAUUGAAAAUAACUCCCCUGAUUUAAUGAAUUUAUCGUCAGCAUCAAACGAUAUUAUGGCUACAAAAAGGUCAAAUACAAAGUUUUCUCCCAAUAAUACUGAUCAUAAUCAUGGUGAUAAUGAUAUUCAUGGUAAUGUUAAUAAUAAUGCCAAGUUUAUUACCCUUUCACAAAACAACUUCUCUAAUGAUUCAUCGUUUUCAAAUGAUCAUAGUGGGCCACUUUUAUCAACAACUACAUUAGAAGUUCUUCGUUUGAUCGGUCGUUACUUGCAAAUGAUGAGACUUUUAAAGCCGAUUGCUGGUGAAGUAAUGCAUUGUCUAUGUCAAGUAUUUGAUUAUUAUUUGUACUCUAUUCUUAAUCUAUUUGGUCCUAUUCAAGUAUCAAAUUCAUCUGAAUUUCCAGAACGUUUACGGACAACAAUAAAACGUAUCAAUGAACGUUUAAUAACAACUGAUAAUCAUCAAAGUAUUUUAACCGGGGAUCGAUUUUCCCUUCCUUUGCAUGGACCUAUUGAAUUAUUGCAUACAUUAAAUCCUACUGACAAUAAUCCGACAAUCGGAGAUGAUAAUAUUAAUAAACGUGAACACCAAUUAAUACAAAUUUACGUCGUCGCAGUUGAGUCAGUUAUUUUCCUAGCAGACAUUUUAGAGACAGUUCUUCUUCCGCAUUUAACAGCAUGUCUUCCAGAUAAUAAACGUGGUCUAGCACUUGUAUUUCGUGAACAGUCUUUGAUGGCAGCAAGACAAAUCCGCGAACCAUGUGCAAACGAACUGGCACCACAUUUGCUGAAUAUCAUAAUCGCAAAAAUGACUGGUGUGGCAACAAAAAAUUGUAAGCAGUUAACAGCAACAAAUAGUGCAUCGAUUACUUCAAGUUUCAGUAAAAUAUGGCCAAUAGGAUCCAAUACAAAUCAGCAACAACAAACUAUCGACAAAGAACCAUCUAUUCCAAAUAAUAAUAACAGUACAAGCUCACCAUCUCCAUCAUCAGUACAUAACAACUUAAUUGUAUCAACUUCUUCCUAUUCAAUUGACAUAUUAACUAUGCAUAUAUGUGCAAUGAAUUGGUCAACUAAAGAAGUGGCUAACACACCAAAUCCAUAUGUUUAUGAUAUAAAUAUUAAUGUAUUUCAUCCUUUAUCAUUAAUUUUACAGAACAUAUCAAAAGAAUUUCAUUUACAAGACCAUGUAUUUAUGAUUGUUAUUUGGAAAGCAUUAUUAUCUUGUUUGGCAUCACAAUUACUUGAAGCUUUAAGUCGUGUACAACAAUGUUCAGAUGAAGGACGUGGUCAAAUGUUAUUAGACAUACAAACUUUAGCUGUAUACGCUCAAUCCGCUAGUAAAAUACGGUCAUUUCCUAGACUGGAUUAUGUAAUUGAGUAUAUUCAGGCAUUCUACAUACCUAUACACGAAUGGGAGCAUUGGUUAACUAACUAUGGGACUAAAUAUUCACGAUCUCAGUUAACUGGACUUGCAUCAUGUCUUUCACGAUCUGAUAAACGUCAAUAUCAACGACUUAUAAACACAAUAAAUCAAAUUUACAAUACAACAAACCAAACGAAUUCAUUUGGAAAUGGUUUGUUGACCACUACGACGAGUUGA